GCUGCCGUCGUGCGAAGGAAGCUGCAGCCCCCGCUAAAGCAUUGGAUCCCUCAACGUACUGCGAGAGCCCGGUGUACAGCCCGGACCUGUGCCCCAACAUGAUCGCCGCGCAGGCCAAGCUGGUGUACCAGCUCAACAAGUACUACACGGAGCGCUGCCAGGCGCGCAAGGCGGCCAUCGCCAAGACCAUCCGCGAGGUGUGCAAGGUGGUGUCCGACGUGCUCAAGGAGGUGGAGGUGCAGGAGCCGCGCUUCAUCAGCUCGCUGAGCGAGAUCGAUGCCCGCUACGAGGGCCUGGAGGUCAUCUCGCCCACCGAGUUCGAGGUGGUGCUCUACCUCAACCAGAUGGGCGUCUUCAACUUCGUGGACGACGGGUCCCUGCCCGGCUGCGCCGUGCUCAAACUGAGCGACGGCCGCAAGCGCAGCAUGUCCCUCUGGGUGGAGUUCAUCACGGCCUCGGGCUACCUGUCGGCGCGCAAGAUCCGCUCCCGCUUCCAGACGCUGGUGGCCCAGGCCGUGGACAAGUGCAGCUACCGCGACGUGGUGAAGAUGAUCGCGGACACGAGCGAGGUCAAGCUCCGCAUCCGCGAGCGCUACGUGGUACAGAUCACGCCCGCCUUCAAGUGCACCGGCAUCUGGCCCCGCAGCGCGGCGCAGUGGCCCAUGCCGCACAUCCCCUGGCCCGGCCCCAACCGCGUGGCCGAGGUGAAGGCGGAGGGCUUCAACCUGCUCUCUAAGGAGUGCUACUCGCUGACGGGCAAGCAGAGCUCGGCCGAGAGCGACGCCUGGGUGCUGCAAUUCGGCGAGGCCGAGAACCGCCUGCUCAUGGGCGGCUGCCGCAACAAGUGCCUCUCGGUGCUCAAGACCCUGCGGGACCGGCACCUGGAGCUGCCCGGCCAGCCGCUCAACAACUACCACAUGAAGACGCUGCUGCUGUACGAGUGCGAGAAGCACCCGCGGGAGACCGACUGGGACGAGGCGUGCCUGGGCGAUCGCCUCAACGGCAUCUUGCUGCAGCUCAUCUCCUGCCUGCAGUGCCGGCGCUGCCCCCACUACUUCCUGCCCAACCUCGACCUCUUUCAGGGCAAGCCCCACUCCGCCCUCGAGAGCGCGGCCAAACAGACCUGGCGGCUAGCCCGGGAGAUCCUCACCAACCCCAAAAGCCUGGACAAGCUAUAGGGCGGCCCGGCCCAGGACUUGUGUUGCACCGGGAGCACCGGACCCCCUCCCCGAGCCGCCCGGCCCUGCUCGCCAGGCCAGAGCGCUGCCUCCCUCCUUGCACGGAAGAGACUCUCCUCUGUCCUGCCCCUGACAACUUUCUUUUCUUUUCUUUUCUUUUUUUUUUUAAUCUUUGAAAAAACAAACCUCCACCCCAGAGAAGCACUCGGACUUUGCCACCUCCACACGGCCCCCCACGCAGGUACACUUUCCGAUCCGUGUCUAGUCCUUCUUUUCUUACCUCUCUCUCGUUUGCCUGAAUGUUUGUCACCAAGUGAAAAAAAAAUUAUUUAACUCUAUGUACAAAUUUCACUUUAAAACGAACAAAAAAAAAAAACAACAAAGAAAAAGCAGCAAAAGUUUGACUGGUGUGAAAUUGUAUUUCGGGGCCGAGGGCGGAUGAUGCGCCUCGAGCCUGACUUGUUGCAAACUAAUAAAAAAAUAAUAUUACUUUAACUUGACGUGGAGGUUUGGGUGAAUUCUUCCUAAAUUCAGGCAAGUCGCUUUCCCCAGCCCCCUC